UCUCUUCUUCUUCUUCUUCUUAUUUUCUAUUUUCUUCCUCCCCUAUUCCAUAAUAUACUUGCGGUGAACCACCCACUCCUAGCGGCACGUUUUCGCACCCAAACGGCACUAAACGGGACUAGACCAAGACUAAAGCCGGUCUGGCGGUGUUGGCACGUUGGACUAUUCUUAUCCUCAUCCUGCAUCUACUUUUAUUGAUCUUGUCUAUUUUUUUUCAUAUCUCAGCACCGAGUCCUCGAUCCUCCUUGUCUUCCCUCCGGGCCAUCAUGCUUGCAGAUCCUCGCGGACUGUCGCAAUGCCAUGAGAAGUCGCUCUCCUUUCCGCCCCUCGCCCUCGCCCUCGCCCGCAACUAUGACUGCCGAUAAACAAAACAACAAACCCUUCACUCCCACCCUCAGCGCUGCCUUCCACCGGUCCAGCAAAUCUCCUCUGACUCCCAAGCUGGCCACGCCCACUGGAUACCGCACGCCCAAACGAUUGGCUCCCUCCGAUCCCUCCUCGUCCUUGUCCUCCCUGACCCCCUCGAAACCCGAUUCCGACUCCCUCCUUAGUGCCAACGUUACCCCACGGUCGGGCGCUCGCAUCACCCGGCGAGAUGGCUUCGUCUCGUCCGCCAGCACCCCGUCCUCCACCGGUCGCCACUCUCCGCAGCCCUUCGUGCAGGCCAGCGUCGUGCAUCACGGCUCGAAUGUCGGAUCAUACCGGGCGGAUCGGAGUCCAGUCCGCGCAGGGAGGCUGGAACCCGCCAGGACGAGACCGAAGGCCUUCACCAACGAACCUCACCAGCUGUCUCGGUCGAAUUCAGCUUCCGAUGGUGCGUCUGCCUCGCCGAUGUUCUUCCAUGCCUCCGAUGCGCGGUCCACCCACUCUGAGCUAGAGCCUCCUGCCCCUCGUCCUCGACCGGGGAAACCGCCGUCCCAAACCACAUUCAUCUACGCCAAUGGAGCCGAGGAGCCCAAAUCAGAGGGACCGGCAGAGUCCACGGCCUACAAACGACGGUCCACCGGACUGUCUCGAUCGGUGGUUGGCAAGCCGCCGCCCUCCGCCUCGCCACGCAUCAUGUCCCCGAAGUUAGGCCAUGCCACGCCGCGGCUAUCCGACGGGCUGCUCCCGUCACAGGUUGGGUCGCAGGUUGGGUCGCAGGACGGCUCGUCGGAGGUGGGAUCUCGCGUGCAAAGUCCGCCGCUGGGGAGUUUCUCGCCGCGACCGGCGGUAUCGACACCACGACAUUUUAAAUCGUCGAGUAUGGACUCCGGUCCGGGGGCUGCCACCUCGCCUCGAGAAGGCCUCCGACCGAGUCCGAUCCUCGUCUCGCCGGGGGACGCCAAGCUGGACGCCAGCGGUCUGGCCUCAGAACCGAUCCCCGGCCGUCCGCGGAUUUUCAGCAACGGAUCGACCGCGUCGGCAGAUACCUACGCCUCUGCGCAACAGAGCCCGGUGAAGGAGAACGCGGCGCCGAAGGACGACGCCGCCGCGACGGCGCGCACGGAGCGCAAGAUCAUGGACCUCGAAAUCAGCAACUCCUCUCUCCUCGCGAUCAACCGCACCCUCGAGCGCGAAAUGCGCAAACAGAAUGCCGAACUGCGCCGAUUCCGACGCCUCAGCCGGUCUGGUCGGUUAUCGGUGGCGCCGUCCACUCGGUCGGUGUCCGGAACGUCGCUCGCCAUCAUGAGCGAGCUCGACGAAGGCAGCGAACGCUCGUCCGUCCGCUCGCCCGAAGAGCUGUCUGACUGCAGCGACUCCGAGUCCACGGCCGACGACGGCGUCAUGUCCCCUGACUCUCUGGCCGACCACGACGCGCGGCACCAAGCCCGCGACGAGAAGCGGUUCUUCGUCGACCUCGCCAAGCACCAGGAGCUGCUGGCCGACAGCCAACGCAUGAACCAGAGCCUGAAGCGGUGUCUCGGCUGGACGGAGGAAUUGAUCUCGGAGGCGAAGAAAGCGCUCGAGUACAACGUACACGUCAACGACGUGCAACUCGGAGGACGCGUCCUAUCGCCGGAAGAACUGAACGAGAUCGGCGAAAUGGCGCGCGACAUGGCGCUGCCGGAGGACUCCGAGACGGAAUCGGAUUUGGACUUUUCAGAUCUUGAUUGCGAUCUACCUGCAUCUGCAUCGAACUCUCAGAACCACAACUAGAUACCCAUCUACUUUCUUUUGUUUCAACUUGCCAGUUAAGACUGCUGUUUCGAGCCAGCGAAUACCCCAUUCUUUAGUUAGUUACUUCGCAAGAUUCGACGCCGGUCUGUUGAUCUAAUAUUUUAUUUCUUUCUUCUUUCCGUCUUGUGUGAUUUGGUUCUGUGUAGCGAUACGAGGUGGGCUAGAUCUGAUUAUGAUUGAUGAUUUGAUUUGCUGGUGUCAAGGUUGGUGAUAGAUAGAUUUAUAUUUUAUAGAAAAGGUCUUCUUGAUGAUUUCAUUAUAA